UGCAAUGAAAACAGGAAGAAAGACACCGUGAGGAAAUAUUUUACCAAAAUGAGUCAGAGAGCGAUGGAGGGAUAUUGUGGUGUGGAAUGAGUCGUGAACACAGCGCAUCAGCCAACAGCAGAUGGAAGAGAUCGAGAGAGAGAGAGAAUACGUGUUCCAUGAGCUGAAUUCUGUGCUGGACAUCUCAUAUGAUGGAACGGGCGAUGGAGCAUUUGAAUGUACAGCUGAAUCGACUGACGCGCUCCCUGCGCCGCGCGAGGACUGUGGAACUCCCAGAAGACAGUGAAACAGCUGUGUACACCCUCAUGCCCAUGGUCAUGGCCGACCAGCACAGGUCAGUUUCUGAAUUGCUUUUAAACUCAAAGUUUGAUGUCAACUAUGCCUUUGGACGUGUUAAAAGAAGCCUUCUACACAUUGCUGCCAACUGUGGAUCAGUAGAGUGUCUUGUCCUGCUGUUAAAGCGUGGAGCGAAUCCAAACUAUCAGGAUAUCUCCGGCUGCACACCUCUGCAUCUGGCUGCAAGAAAUGGACAGAAGAAGUGUAUGGGCAGACUGUUAGAGUACAAUGCUGAUGUUAAUAUCUGCAAUAAUGAAGGUCUCACUGCUAUUCAUUGGCUGGCAGUGAAUGGAAGGACAGAGCUACUUCAUGACCUCGUGCAGCAUGUGUCUAAUGUGGACGUGGAGGAUGCCAUGGGCCAGACAGCCUUACAUGUGGCCUGCCAGAAUGGACACAAGACUACUGUGCAGUGUCUUCUGGACAGCGGAGCGGACAUCAACAGGCCCAAUGUAUCUGGAGCCACUCCACUCUAUUUCGCCUGCAGUCAUGGUCAGAGGGACACCGCACAGAUACUGCUCCUCAGGGGAGCCAAGUAUUUGCCGGACAAGAAUGGGGUUACACCGCUUGACCUGUGUGUGCAGGGUGGUUAUGGCGAAACAUGUGAAAUUCUCAUCCAGCACCAUAGCAGACUGUUUCAGACACUGAUACAGAUGACUCAGAAUGAUGACAUUAAAGAGAACAUGCUAAGGCAGGUUCUAGAACAUGUUUCACAGCAGAGUGACUCCAGCUACCAAAUGAUCUUGACCAGCUUGGCUGACGUGGCCACCACAAACGGACAUAAACUGCUGAGUUUGUCCAGUAACUUUGAGGUCCAAACAAAGAGUUUGCUCCGAAUUGUCCGGAUCUUCUGUCAUGUGUUCUGUCUUGGACCGUCCUGCCCAAACAACGGGAAUGACAUGGGUUACAACGGAAACAAGACACCACGUAACCAGGUUUUUAAGCCUCUGGAGCUGUUGUGGCACUCUCUUGAUGAAUGGCUGGUCCUCAUCUCCACCGAGCAGGAUAAGGAGAGCACAGACGCAACAACCUCAUCCUCAGGAAAUGACAUUGCGUCACUCUUCCUGAAAAAGCAGGAGGUCGACCCUUCUUUUUCCAGUGAAAAUCCCCCUCUGUUGCUGGACGCCAAGUCAGUGAUGAAGACGCCGGAGGGCUACGCCGAUGGUCAGGAUGUCAUCUCUAUGAUAGCCAAUCGCCUGAGCGCUGUGAUCCAGGCUUUCUACAUGUGCUGUUCCUGUCAGAUGCCACACAGCAUGACCUCCCCUCGAUUCAUCGAGUUUGUCUGUAAGCAUGAUGAAGUGCUCAAGUGUUUUGUGACAAGGAAUCCCAAAAUCAUCUUCAACCACUUCCACUACCUGCUGGAAUGUCCUGAGCUCAUGUCCCGCUUCAUGCAUAUUAUUAAAGGACAGCCAUUUAAGGACAGGUGUGAGUGGUUUUAUGAACAUCUUCUGGCUGGACAGCUAGACUCGGAUAUGGUGCACCGGCCAGUUAAUGAAAAUGAUAUUCUUCUUGUUCACCGAGACUCAAUAUUCCGAAGCAGCUGCGAGGUUGUGUCCAAGUCCUCCAAUGAGAAACUCAAACAAGGCAUUGCAGUGCGGUUUCACGGUGAAGAGGGAGUGGGUCAGGGGGUGGUCAGAGAGUGGUUUGACAUUCUGUCCAAUGAGAUCAUCAACCCGGACUAUGCACUGUUUACACAAUCAGCUGAUGGUACCACGUUUCAACCCAACAGUAAUUCCUCUGUAAACCCAGAUCAUCUAAACUACUUCGGAUUUGCUGGUCAAAUCCUGGGUCUGGCUCUCUACCAUCGACAGCUGGUGAACAUCUACUUCACACGCUCCUUUUACAAGCACAUACUGGGCAUCCCAGUGAGCUAUCAGGAUGUGUCAUCCAUUGACCCAGAGUAUGCUAAAAAUCUGCAGUGGAUUCUGGACAAUGACAUCAGUGACCUUGGCCUUGAGCUCACCUUCUCUGUAGAGACAGAUGUGUUUGGAACUAUGGAAGAGGUCCCUCUCAAACCAGGAGGAAUUGCCAUUCAGGUCACCCAAGACAACAAGGAGGAGUAUGUGCAGCUGGUGACGGAGCUCAGGAUGACCCGAGCGAUUCAGCCGCAGAUCGAUGCCUUCCUGCAGGGCUUUCACACUUUCAUCCUCCCCUCGCUCAUCCAGCUCUUUGAUGAAUAUGAGCUGGAACUGCUGUUGUCAGGCAUGCCUGAAAUUGAUGUGAUGGACUGGAAGAAGAACACAGAGUACACUAGUGGCUACGACCUGCAGGAGCCUGUUAUACAGUGGUUUUGGGAAGUGGUUGAAAAUCUCACUCAAGAAGAAAGAGUCCUUCUCUUACAGUUUGUUACAGGAAGUUCAAGAGUUCCUCAUGGAGGAUUUGCUUUUCUUCUGGGUGGCAGCGGUCUGCAGAAGUUUACUAUUGCCGCUGUGCCCUACACAUCAAACCUACUGCCUACCUCUAGUACAUGUAUUAACAUGCUGAAACUCCCAGAAUACCCCAGCAAGGACGUCCUACGUGAUCGUUUGCUGGUUGCACUGCAUUGUGGGAGUUACGGAUACACCAUGGCGUGACGCCGGCUUCUGCGUUUGCUGAGAAUUCUGCUCUGUGGACACACGACGCACACAUGGCUCAGUUCAGGGAUACUUCAACACUUUGAUUCAAAAGCCUUUAUAUUUUAUUUAUUUUUGGCACGAGGAAAUUUAUGACAAGGACAUCAGUGAAUAAUGACAUGAAUUAAUGAUACUUCAGGCACUGAGGCUGUUUUGUAUAUGUGAAAAAGAUGUUCAGGUCACAUUUCGCAGUAAAUUCAAAAUAAGGAUUUUUUAAUUUAGUUUUUCAUUGCUGUAAUACUCAUUUUUCAAUAUUACACCAAAUGCAAUACUAUUAUACAUUUUUUAAAAUUAGAAUUAAUAUUCAUUUUUCUGUAUUACACCAA